UGUCUGCGAUGCGUGCGGCCGCGAGCACUGAGCCAGCCGAUGGGUGACGGCCGCGGGGAGGCCCCGGGAAGAGACGGUGGUGCCGGUGGGACGCCAGGGGGACGCGGCCGGGAGGACAGAAUUGCCAUUAGAAGAUUCGGCGGGCGUCUGCUAAUUGCCACGGCGUGAUUGGUUGCUCAGCUGGCGUCGUCCCAUAAGAGGAAGCCGUCGCUCACUUCGUCGCCCGACCCAUCCACCCACUUUCCGCCAUCCCUUCGCCAGCAUGGACAAGCUCUCGUCCCUCGCAAAGUUCAAGUCCUCCUGCCCCUUCCUCGGCCGCACAAAGUCCUCCACCCUCCGCACUCUAUGCACCUCCACGUCCCCCCGUUACCCGACGCUCUCCCGCUUGACGGAGCGGGCUACCCAGUGCCCCGUCAUGGGCCCCGCCCUCCAGUCCCGCUCUAGCCAGAUGGUCGCGGGCUACGCCAGCUUCGCGGGCAGCGCUGACAUCCAGAAGAUACACGAGGAGAAGGGUGUCUUCCCCAUCCCCACCGGCACCAAUAUUGACAAGUGCCCGCACGCAGCCAAGGCCAUCGCGGCUGCUCGCAUGGCGGAGGACCUCGCGAAGGCGGCGAAGGGCAAGGCCCCAGAGGUCGAUGCAAAGCCGUCUACCCCCGCUGCCCCCAGCGGGUGCCCAUUCCACGCCGCUCAGGCUGCUCAGGGCAAAGGCCAGGAGGCCGCGGCCGCGAGCGGCUUCAACUAUGACAACUUCUACGCGGACGAGCUGGAGAAGAAGCAUCAGGAUGCUUCUUACCGCUACUUCAACAACAUCAACCGCAUGGCGCACAAGUUCCCCAUCGCGCAUACGGGCGACCCGAAGGACGAGGUCGAGGUGUGGUGCGCGAACGACUACCUCGGGAUGGGUAACAACCCGAUCGUGCUCGAGACGAUGCAUCGCACGCUCGAUACCUACGGGCACGGGGCCGGAGGUACCCGGAACAUCGCGGGCAACACCGGUAUGCACCUCGCCCUCGAGGAGGAGCUCGCCGCGUUACACCGUAAACCCGCCGCGCUGGUCUUCUCUUCGUGCUACGUCGCGAAUGACGCUACGCUCGCCACCCUCGGGUCCAAAUUACCUGGGUGUAUCUACUUCUCCGACUCUAUGAAUCAUGCCUCCAUGAUACAGGGUAUGAGACACUCCGGGGCGAAGCGCGUCAUUUUCAAGCACAACGACCUCGAGGACUCGAGAGCAAGCUCGCACAGUACCCCAAGGAGACACCGAAGAUCAUCGCUUUCGAGACAUUGGGCCAUCUCGGAGAUGUGCGACUUGGCCAAGAAGUACGGUGCCUUGACGUUCCUGGACGAGGUACACGCUGUCGGACUGUAUGGUCCCCAUGGUGCCGGUGUUGCGGAGCACCUUGACUACGAAGCCCAGAAACGCGCUGGGCGCAGUCGCGAGCCUGUCAAGGGCUCGGUCAUGGACCGCAUCGACAUCAUCACUGGUACUCUUGGCAAGGCCUACGGUGCUAUUGGUGGUUACAUCGCGGGUUCGUCAGACUUCGUCGACAUGAUCAGGUCCUACGCAGCUGGGUUCAUCUUCACGACCAUCUCGUACCAAAAGGAGUACCUGGGCGACCGGCAGCUCAUGCAAAUCAACGUCCGUGCUCUGAAGUCCCGCUUCGAGGCUAUGGACAUCCCUGUCGUCCCCGGUCCUUCGCACAUCGUCCCCGUUCUCAUUGGCGACCCGACCCUCGCGCGUCUUGCUUCGGACACGCUCCUUGAGAAGCACAACGUCUACGUGCAGGCCAUCAACUACCCGACGGUCGCGCGCGGCGAGGAGCGCCUCCGGUUCACCGUCACGCCCGGGCACAACAUUGAUCAGAUCGCGCGACUCGCGAAGGCGGUCAACCAGACGUUCACGGAGCUCGGCAUCAAGCGCACGGCGGGCGGCGGUGUCGGCAUGCCUGGCGCGGAGCGCGUUCAGCCGAUCUGGGAUGACAAGCAGCUGGGCUUGGUCGAUGGUUCUGCACCGAAGAUGCUUACGGCUGGCCAGAAGCGUGUCGUGGAUGCGAGGGCUGUUGCGGUGACGCGCAGGAAGUUCGACGACCUGUUGGGUCCGGCCGUCGAGCCUCGUGUGACUACGGUCCAGCUGGACAUGCCGACGAGCGUGCACCCCAUCGCUAUGCCGGCGGACGCACUCCGCGGGAGUAGUGAGAUUUCCGUCGCUGCUUGAGCGCAGUGACGUGCUUUCUUGUUGACGGACGGGUCGGUUCGUACACGGCCCCGCUUAGUAUCAUAGAGUAGCAGCUGUGUCGUGUUGUCGUACAUGUACCGCUGAUGAUGUGAACAAAAGUGAACUUGUCGUCGCCCAUGUUGGGCGACCUCCGUCUA